AUGGGGCGGGGCUUAGUGACGGAGGGGCGUGCCCGGCGGGGCGGGGCUGGGGCCGAGGGGGCAGGACCUGCGCCGACCCGAGCGAGUCUCCGCGGCGGGUGGGCCAAAGGCGCGUGCGCCGCGCGGGCCCCGCCCCCGGGGCCGGAGGCCCACCCGCCCGCCCGCCCGCCCGCCCGCGCGCCGGCGGGAGCUGCGCUCGAAUCGCUCUCCCGGACCGCGAAGGCGGGCGGCGACGGCGACCUGAGGCGGCGGGAGGGCGCGCUCGCCGCGGGGGCGGGCGGCCUGGCUGGCGUGAAGCGCUCGGCCCCGCCGGCGGCCCGGCUGUGCGAGGUCCCACUCCCCACACCGUCCGGCCCGGAGCCCUGGUUCGGCGUCGCCGCCCACCCCGCCCUGCCUGUGACCCGCUGUGUGACCUUGGGCAGGUCUCUUGCCCUCUCGGAUCUCCCCGCGGCUCCUCCCUGUGCGACCCGCAGGGCGGCGGGGACCCAGAGGCCGUGGUCCAGGGCUCCUGGCCGGAGAGAAGGGUGGGCACCCUUCCACCCGAGCACAGUGGCGGCUGCGACCGGACCUCCGGGGGAUCUCCAGGAGUUGAAGAGUCGGGACCACUGGGCCAUCCCUGCAGGGGUCCACGGUCUGCACGCUGCAGCCUCUGGGCAAAGCCCAGCACCAUCUCCUUCCUCUGGAUGUCCUGGCGACCUGCAAGCCAGACCCAGGGCCUCCGUCCGACUCAGCUUUGGUAACGUUGGCCAACCCACAGGUGGUGCUGGGCAAGGCUGGGGCGGUUCGCGUGCCUGGCUUUUCACUUGGAGGUCCGAGCGGCUGUCGGGGUCCCGGGGGUGACACACCACUGCCUUCUCUGU